GUUCUAUGAACAUGUUUCAGACCGUGCCUGACACUUCGUCUUACGUCAAGGUAAGACAACAUCGUCUCUUCGAGCAGGUAAUUUUGGUGGACUGUCUGGGUCCUCCCUAAUUUUAUAUUCAUGAUGAUACUUUGUGAAUAAUUAGUGUCUGCUUGUCAUUUUUAAAUCGCUAUCGGUAUGCCUACCCUAGACCUAAUAUGAGAGGGAUAUUGAAUAGGUAUCCUAUAAAUUGGCACAAGUGUCUCUCUCUAUUCCAUCGUCGUUAUCAUGUUAUAACCGUUCUGCAAGAAUAGGCCUGUAUUCAAACAUUGUAUGGAAGCCUACUGUAUAAUGUGAUUCUGUUCAUCUGUCUGGACAUCAAGAUCCAUUUAAUUUCUUUGCCUUCAGUGCGGGACUGUUAUAGCACAUUAUUAUAUUUGACAUCACGCAGUUUUUGUUCUCUCUCCGCCACAGUCUCAAAGAAUGUAAACAAAGCAAAUAGUGGACAUCUGGUUUUCACGUUUAAAACUCUGUGCAUUGAAUCAUAUGGUACAUCGUGUAAUUCCUGCAACCAGACAAUUUAUAGGCCUUGGGACAAUUGGUUUGAAACGAAAUAUUAAUUCCCAUUGUUAAUCUUAUAUCCUACAUUAAACGGCACAAUCCAGGACAUGCCAUAACCUGAGUUUAGGAAACUAUCAGUGUAAGUGCAGUCGUCAUGUAUUAUGGGAAUGUGUUGUGUUAGUAUAUAUGCCUACUUGUCAUUGUGCUGCCUGUUGAUUGCUCAUCAUAAUACAUCAACAUUUCGGUAGGCUAUUAUGUGAAUCAGGCUGUUUUAAAAUAAUAUUGGAAAUGUGAUGCCAUAUCUUACAUCGAUCAUUGGUCGAAGACCAAUUGCAUAUAGGCGGAGCCUGUAUGGUUUUGAAAAUGAACAAUUGUGCUUGUCAAGCCAUUCAUAAUAUCUUUAUAAUCAAAAUAUUCCAAGAGUGAGUUGUUAUGUUUUGGCGACUUAUUUCCCUUUGCAUAUAAGGGCUCUUUUCAUACAGUCAUAACGUUUGUAGCGCUCUGCAGAAAUACUUAAGUUUCACUGGCCACAUUGCUUGAGUCCUUUGAACAAUUCCCGAUUUGUUUUGGGAGACUUGGACAGCAAGGAAUGUUUGAGGAGAAAAUGUGCUUUGAAAUUACAAUUUUUGCUCCCUAAAUAAGACAAAAAGGCAAUGACGGGGAAACCAAUCCAAAAACCUGUACAAAGUACUCUUUGGUUAACCACUGAAUGCUUAAGAUUCAUUAAGCAACCCAAAUUUAAGACAAAGUUCGUCAGGUCAAUGAAUAUCGCAUUGCCCUGGUUUUAAUCGAACCCUUCAUUGAAUUAUUUUGCAUUUUGGGGCAAGAUAUUGGUUAGAAUGUGAACCAGGCACGCCUCAAGACACAUUUUAAAGAAAUAUUCUGCUUCAUUCAAGCGAAUCCAUGGUCUAGCAUUUGUUUUGUUUGGUUAAGGCCAGGCGAGACUCGAGCUCUCCAAUAAAAAUAAAUCUCAAAUUAAUUAUGGCCCGGAGCAAGGGACCAGACAGUUAGGUCUUGUGUGCUGCAGUCUCCGCUGUUUGGCCUGAGUAUUUUUACUUUGUUUUUAUUUUUGCCGAGAGAUGGAAGGGGCUUACCAGAACUUAAAUGGCCGAUCCAUAUCUAUGGCUAUGUAGGCCUAGUGGUUAGAAUAAUAGGCUUGAAACGUUUGUCACAUAAAUUAAUUUAUAGAAGUGGUUUUUAGUAGGCCUAAUGUUAGUUUGUUUUAUAUUUUAUGAAUUAAUAUUUGUUCACGAAUAAUAGAAACAUAGGCCUCUUUCAGUAGGCUACUAAUCUUGUAUAAUAAUUAUGAUGAAAACCUAUAAUAAUACCAGCAUAAUCAUCACCGUUAUAAUUUACCCUUAAAUCAUUUGGUAACAUUAUGGAGACGUUUAGGCCUAUAUAGGCUAUUCUUGCGCACAUGUAAGCAAGUGAAGUUGUGAAGUGCUGUAAAUUCAUGAUGAGCAAAAGGGCAACCAUUUAAAAACUUAAACUAACCUAAGUGGUAACCACCCACUUCUUGUAUUGUCCAAUGGAGGAGCUAUGGCUUCCCACAGCUCGUGGUAGGAAAUGUCUGGCUGUCAAGUUUCAGCCUCAAGCCAGAUGUUCUGUGGUUCGCUGUAUAAACCAACUUGCAUCUGUUUAUUGGCCUCCGAAAAUGUUUGUUACCACUGUAUUCAUUAUGGCCUUGGCGGAUCCCGGGACAUAUUUUCUCUCUUUGCAUAAACCUGCAUGUUUCGUGCGUAAUGGCGUGAAUAAUUUGAUUAGCUAUAGCCUAGCUCUUACUUAGUCUUUAGUUUUUUAGUGGUUUGCCUCGGUUACUGUGGCUCUAUGACCAACUCAAUCAAUAGUGCCAGGUGAUUUCAGAGUUUGGUCACAUUAUACCUCAAGUAACCUCAGGUGUCAACAAAUCACACAAGAUUGUGUUAGCGUUCUAUGGGUUAUUAGGCAUAUUUGAAAUAGGCCUACUUAUAUGGCCCAUAAAAUGACAGUUGUUCACUAUUAGGCCUACUAGUCAAUAGGCUAUUUAAAAUAAUACACAUCUAUUAUUUUCAAAAACUUAAGCCAUACCAAUGCCCUCUGCUAUUGUAAACGGGUCUAAACUGGAUGGAAUCUAUAAUAAUAGUAUACCAUAACAUAAUUCAGCCUACUUUCCUUUUGAACGAAAAUGAACGAAAUCCGAUACAAAACCAAAACAGUGGAAUGUUGAAUAAGAAAAAGUAACGGCCACUAAAUAGUUAAACAAGGUGUCUCCCUUAAUUACACGAAGCUGAACUGGCCUCAGGCAAGAGAAGCCUUGACCCCAAGCAGGAUCCAGAUGUGGUGGUCUCGAGGGGGCCUCUCCUGCAACAGACCCCCAAGUCGAGAGCAGACAGGCCGGCCCGUCUGUCAGUCGCAGUGGCGCAGGCUCGGUUUGGCCGCUCUGUGGCAUGGCCGCUUCCCCAGGCAGAGCCCUAUUGGUCUGGUCACGUUCAGAACUGGCUCCAUGUCUAGCAUCUGCGCUGAAAUUUUGUCUGAAUUGAUGAGGGCAAUUUUCAAAGGUAGAGGAAAAAUGGUUGGGGGUGGGGACUGGAGAUUUUUGUCCAUGGCUCCAGUAGCCUAAGGAAAAAAGUAGUUCAACUAUAGCCUAGUCCUAAUAGUAAAAUAAUAAUAGUAAUAAUAAUAAAAGCCUAUAAUAAUGUAAUAACAUGUAAUAGCAAUGUAAUAACUUCACAUGGGAGUAGGUAUACUUCAUCAUUACAUUAAUGAAAACCAUACACAUUUACUAAACUCCAAACAUAUUAAGAGAGGGGGUUCCCCUUUGCAAUAUUUGGAAAUAUACAAUCCAUUAUCAUUCCCUACUGUGUUGGAUAGCAGAUGCACACGUGUAGAGCAGAUCAUGAUAACAUGCGUCUGGGGCGCUGCGUGCUUGGAUUUUAUUAAUGGUGUUUCAGGUAAACUUCACAGAGGCUUGGAAGGCUAUAACAAAGAGUAGCCUAGAUCGCAUCAACCCUUGCCACAGGUAGUUCAUGUUCGUAUUCCUCUUGGUUUGAUUUACAGUUAAUUUCAUCAGCACUCUCGAGGAGAACAUCUGUCUGCUUUGAAAGUGAAACUCUAUUUUAUAUCUCUGUCUCGCAGUGGAAACGCGAAUAUAAGACGUUAAAGGAGUAGGGGAUGAUUUAGGCUACAGUAAAAUCUGAAUUGUGGAAACAAAUGUUUUACGUAUUGCAUUUAAGCAAGUAGGAGGUUAUAAAACAUUAUGGAAUCACAUAACAGUCUAUACCGGCUUAAAUUAUAACCUUUUCAUUGGCAAAUUAAUUUAACAUAAUAAAUGUAUAUUGAUGGAAUUGUUGAAACAAACUCAUUCGCCAGUGUCUGUGACGUUUGGAUAAAAAAUUACACAAAUGUAGCCUACAACAACAUAUGCAUAACGCUGGCAACCAUUCUGUAAAUAUUUCCGAGUAAAAACAUUAACAGCGGGGGGAACACGCAAUUGUUUUCCCUGCUUAUCUCUUUGGGACAAGUAUCCUGCUUUUUGGAGCUGCAAUGAAGGCAGGGCUUGCAGUGACACUCAUAGCUUCCUUCUCAAAAGCGGUGACUUCACUUCCCAAAUGUAGAGGAAAAAAACCAUCCGGUUAACUGUCUCGUUCUCUCUGCGACAUAUCGGGGGCUGGAUUUAAUUCAGGAGCGUGUCAUGUUUGGAAUAUUGUUGGGGUCCGCUGAAAAUUGCCCAAAAUGGACGGAACUAUUAAGGUAAGGGUAGAGGACGGGGUGGACGAGUUUGUGAGAGCUUUGCUUUUCGGAGUUGCGCCUCCUUUUAGCAUGAGUUACUAUGUCUGUGAGCAGUAGCCUACAAUGUUGAUCAAUGAACGGCUUUUUAUUUUGCUCCUAAAGCGGUAACCAGAUUUCCUUCUCUUUUCCUCUUUAUCCAGAAGUUUCAUUUUCCUUUAGGAAACUCUGAAAGUGAAAAGAAGCUUUGGUUGGAAAAGAAAUGUUUAGACUCGAUAUAUGUUUUCAAUGUUGGAACGAGCGCGUAGACGCACAUCUGGAAUUAAACAAAGUGCUUAUUUUAUUCAGUGAAAAGUCUGUAUUAUAUAACAAAAUAGAGAGCAAUUAUAUUUCUCCAGUUGAAAUAGUGUUGGCGAGGGAUUAAGCAAUAUAUGGCUGUGUCAUUAGAUGAACGUGCGUUUCUUUGUAAAGUAUGAUGUGUCAAAGAUGUGGCUGCGCAAUAGUGGUGGCACUGUGCUCGGGGAUCCUCUCACAGUUCAUGGUUCAAAACGUUAAUGAUGGUGUUUUGGUGGUUCAUGGCGUUUAUUAUGCAGGCUAUACAAGGAAGUAGAAUCCAUGCGUAAAACCAUAGCUUUUUAACGCAUAUUUUCGGUUGUAAAACGAGUGUUGAACACUUGCCAUUUUUAGUAGCCUUAUCAAUGGCCAAAAUGUCAUUUGGAAAUAUCAUGGAGUGAUUUAGAAGCGAAAACUGCGCAUCUCCUUCUUGUAAUUCACUAAUAACAAAAGGCUCACAGUCUUACCUGGGUAUUUAUAUUUAUAUUGAAGACAAAAAGUAAUUCAUAAUAGGGGAGUGCAUAUUUUAGUCUUGAGGGAGGGGUAUUCAAGCGUGGUCCUCCAUGCAGCCUCCAGUAUUGAAAUUCCAGAUGCAUGGCUAUGCAGAUGUUUGAUGGUUAGGUCCCAGCAUUUCACACCACGGUAUUGUGUCUUGAGUUUGAGUAGACAUAGCCGAUUGUCAAAUAGAGUUAUUCUGCACCUAUUUCUAACUAACUGGACCGUUAUAAUAGUAUUGUUCUGCCAGUGUGUUUUCUUUGGAUAUUGAAAUAAGUGGGUUUGUGUGGUUGAAGUGGCAGCUUGGUGCGGUGUAAGUUUUGGAACAGUAUAGGCGUUGACUGCACAGAAAAGUUGAAUUUAUAUUAAAUUAUUCUCACCUGACUGGUUUGUGAUUGUUUAAUACACAAACAUGCAAAAUAGAAACAUUUAGGCCUUGUGAAAUGAUUGAUUACAUUCUGCUAAAUUAUAAUGUAAUGAUGACAAUAAUAUAACAACAAUAAUGACUAUAUUAUUAUGAAUGUAUCAGGACUGUGUAUGUAUCUGUUUGUAUAUUUGAUUGACUACUAACUGUAUUCAGACUUUACUCAUCAAAGGGGUGGGUUAUCGAGCCAUGAGAGCUUCCUGUUCUACACAAUCUGGUUUCCUGACAGGUUUCCCUUUCCUCCUCAAACAAAGGACAGGAAUGCCUCCUGAAUCGCAACGAUGCUGAUGGGUGUGUGUGGACGACACAAUAGACGUGUGCAGUCUGGAUGGAAGUGGUGCACUGGGUACUGGCGCACAGACCCUUAAAAAAAAAAACGCAUUGUGAGGCAUUUGCAGCCAGGCCGUUUGGCUGUAAAGCAUCUGUGGUGGCCCAGGCAGGUGGCAACUUUCACUGUCACAGUUUCCAAAGAAGAGCUUAGGAAGACCUGUUACUUUAUAAAUGAGAGUGGUGAACAACAUUAGCCUAUGUUGAGUUGAUAAUGGCAUCAUAUGGUACCAUAUAAUUAUUGAUAAGUACUGUAAAUCAUUUAGAGAAAGCAAGACUUGGACUGCUAUUCUUUUUGUUCCCUGUGAAUAUUAUUUUGUAGGCUACUUGAAUAGCCUACAUGGGAAGGGAUGUUAGCACAAGAUGUUCAGAAGAUAAGAAUGUAGAUCAAUGAAUGUAGAUCAAUGAACUGUAUCUCUGUUGCACCCUUACCAUUGGCAGUGUGUGUGUUCCACACUGAUACAGAACACACAUACCAAAUAGACUCAGACUGGUGUGUUAGACUGUCUGUUUGGAAGUGCAUACACACAGUAUUUUUAAAACCUGUAAUCUUGAUAGGCACAUGCCACUUGCCAAUCAUUAAUUAGAUGGCAGGGGCUGAUAUGUCAGUGUAAAUGUAACGUGCAACAGCCAUAAUAGCACAGCUGCCCUUUCCCUCACUGCUCUCAACAUAUCAUCCACAGCCCAGGCUAGCUUCUGUAUAGACCACUCUGAUAGGGUAUAUGGCUGCCAGACUGCCAGUAUGCAGCUAUGAUGGUUUGACUGAUGAAAUCACUGGCACGUCUGUCCAACUCUGAGAACAUUAUCAGAUGUUGUCACAAAGUAUCGUCCAUCCAGCCCUCCCAAUGAAUGGCCUCAAAAGCUGUAACUUUGGGCAAUUUAGAACCUUUGGCACAUCACUGACCCAUACACUACCAGUCAAAAGUUUGGACACACCUACUCAUUCAAGGGUUUUUCUAUAUUUUUACUAUUUUUUACAUUGUAAAAUAAUAGUGCAGCAUCAAACUAUGACAUAACACAUAUGUAAUCACAUAGUAACCAAAAAAGUGUUAAAAACAUCUAAAUAUAUUUUAUAUUUGAGAUUCUUCAAAGCCACCCUUUGCCUUGAUGACAGCUUUGCACACUCUUGGCAUUCUCUCAACCAGCUUCAUGAGGUAGUCACAUGGAAUGUAUUUCAAUUAACAGGUGUGCCUUCUUAAAAGUUAAUUUGUGGAAUUUAUUUCCUUCUAAAUGUGUUUGAGCCAAUCCGUUGUGUUGUGACAAGGUAGGGAGGGGGUGGGGGGUAUACAGAAGAUAGCCCUAUUUGGUAAAAGACCAAGUCCAUAUUAUGGCAAGAACAGCUCAAAUAAGCAAAGAGAAACGACAGUCAUUACUUUAAGACAUGAAUGUCAUUCAAUACGGAACAUUUCAAGAACUUUGAAAGUUUCUUCAAGUGCAGUCGCAAACACCAUCAAGCACUAUUUUGGAACUGGCUCUCAUGAGGACCACCACAGGAAUGGAAGACCCAGAGUUACCUCUGCUGAAGAGGAUACGUUCAUUAGAAUUACCAGCCUCAGAAAUUGCAGCCCAAAUAAAUGCUUCCCAGAGUUCAAGUCACAGACACAUCUCAACAUCAGCUGUUCAGAGGGGACUGUGUGAAUCAGGCCUUUAUGGUCAAAUUCCUGCAAAGAAACCACUACUAAAGCACACCAUUAAUAAUAAGAGACCUGCUUGGGCCAAGAAACACAAGCAAUAGACAUUAGACCGGUGGAAAUUUGUCCUUUGGUCUGGAGUCCAAAUUUGAGAUUUUUGGUUCCAACCACCGUGUUAUUGUGAGAUGCGGAGUGGGUGAAUGGAUGAUCUCCGCAUGUGUAGUUCCCACCGUAAAGCAUGGAGAAAGAGGUGUUAUGGUGUGGGGGUGCUUUGCUGGUGACACUGUCUGUGAUUUAUUUAGAAUUCAAGGCACACUUCACCAGCAUGGCUACCACAGUAUUCUGCAGCGAUACGCCAUCCCAUCUGGUUUGGGUUUAGUGGGACUAUCAUUUGUUUUUUAACAGGACAAUGACCCAACAAACCUCCAGGUUGUGUAAGGGCUAUUUGACCAAGAAGGAGAGUGAUGGAGUGCUGCAUCAGAUGACCUGGCCUCUACAAUACCCCGACCUCAACCCAUUUGAGAUGGUUUGGGAUAAGUCGGAUGGCAGAGUGAAGGAAAAGCAGCCAACAAGUGCUCAGCAUAUGUGGGAACUCCUUCAAGACUGUUGGGAAAAGCAUUCCAGGUGAAGCUGGUUGAGAGAAUGCCAAGAGUGUGAAAAGCUGUCAUCAUUGCAAAGGGUGGCUAUUGAAAAAUCUCAAAUAUAAAAUAUAUUUUGAUUUGUUUAACACGUUUUUGGUUACUACAUGAUUCCAUAUGUGUUAUUUCAUAGUUUUGAUGUCUUCACUAUUAUUCUACAAUGUAGAAAAUAGUAAAAAUAAAGAAAAACAAACUUUUGACUGGUACUGUACAUUCAGCGUUAGUUUGCUGGAAUGCACUGUACGUGAAUGUACUGUAUUAUUCUGAUUAGCAGUGAAGAUAGAAAUCACCAUCCCAAGAUUGGACAUCUCAGGAGAUGAGUACACAGGCUGUAAACAGCAGACUGGCCACUGCAUGUAUCACUGCAACUCCAGUCCACAGGGCAAACUCUGCUUCACUUUUUCACUUGUUAGGGCUCAUUAAAAUGUAGCCCUAGUAGCCUUUUUUUAUCGAUGUUUGCUAUUUCAUGAACAGUCAGACGUGUUUUGAUGCCUACAUACUUUGUUGUUCGACGGGGAAAGAACUAUGCACUAAUCGCACAUAUUUGUCUUGAUCUAGGAUGUUAUCUUUGAAAAUAUCUUUAAUCCCUCAGGAUUACAGAUAUCUCUGUCUAAUCUGUGACAUCAGAUGCUAUCAGAUCAGAUGUGUGUCAGACAUGAGCCUUAUCCUUUAAAUGGCUUAACUGUAAUGACUCUAGAUCAGUUUGUCUCUGUUGCUGCUGCUUUGUUUCACUAAAAUAUGUUGUUGACAGAGCUGAGGCAAGGCAGGCCUCACCAGCUCCUUAAUCCAUAGUAAACAGAGGGUUUGAAACUGAUUUAACUAAGAGGCUGCCAUAGUCUAUACAGGCAGAGCCGUUUACCUGUAUCUCUCAUACAUACUGUACAUCUCUUUGGCUCUGUGUAUAGGUUAUUGUAUGUCGGAUUAUUGGAAUAGCAAGUAUUGUAUUCCCAUUAGUCCAUAUACAUAUCUGGCAAGGAUAGAGCUGAUAUGUAUUCCAUGCAUCAGUUACCAGACAUGACACGGAACACGUGGACACAGACAGAGGAGUGUUCCAGUGGAGCUGUUUGUUUUCUUUAAUAAAUGUACAUUGCUCCAGUUGACCCACUGCUCUGGGGACAAUGUAGAACUGACCCCCUCGCUGUUUCUGUUGAGUCUUCAGCUAACGUUCCUUCUCUGUGGAAGGAAAACUCAGACUAGAUCUUGUUGUGUGUAGUAGUCAUCAGAAUUGUAGUCAUGUUUGAAGUCAUGGCAACAUCAACAGGAAGCUGUAGUUGCUACAUAGGCUCAAUCGCUGUAUACACAAACCACUUAGAAUGCCAGAUUGCGAUAUGACACAUAACUGCACAUAAUUACUGUAAACAAAAUGUGUCUACAACAAGUGAGAGAUUGAAGUUGUGAGAUCACAGGUUCUCUCUAUUGUUCUAGAGGUGCCCCGCUAUAACCUGUUCCUCCUCUGGCCUGCAGGAGGCACUGUCAGUGGUGAGUGAAGACCAGUCCCUGUUUGAGCCUCCUUACGCUGCUGCUGCCCCUCUACCCAAGACAGACAUGACUGCAUCUGGCACACAGGACUACGUCCAGCCCCAUAAAAUCAACCCAUUACCCCCUCAGCAAGAGUGGAUUAACCAGCCAGUCCGAGUCAACGUCAAGAGAGAGUAUGACCACAUCAAUGGAUCCAGGUACAUUCAGCAGUAGACACAGUCCAUCUCACUGGACUCCAGCUCUUAUGUCUUGUCCCUGUAUGUCUUCGUCUCUGCUGAUUUGAGUUGAUGUUUCCUAGAUUAGUCUAUAUUCAAAAGGAUAGUUGAUCAUAACAAUUGCUUGUGUACAGUUAGAUAUGAUUUUUGGCCACCUUCUGCAGUAAGUGAGCUGCUCAUCUACCACUCACUCAUCUGCUCCAUUGGCCCUGUGGUUGGUCUAUAUUUCAAACCAUUUUCAUCACACUUUAAUACAUGCUUAGAGCCAAUAUAAAGAUGUCUCUCCCUGACACUGACACUUUGUGUCUGUGCAGCAGGGAGUCCCCAGUGGACUGCAGUGUGGGGGGUAAAUGCAAUAAGCUGGUGGGGGGCAACGACACGUCUCAGAUGAGUUAUGGAAGCUACAUGGAUGAGAAGAACGCUCCGCCCCCCAACAUGACCACCAAUGAGAGGAGAGUCAUCGUCCCCGCAGGUAACGAUGACUUCUAUGAUACAAACCACGUGGUAUUUCUUUAUAAUUAACGAAAAUCACAUAUUGUUUUUAUUUUAUUUCCGAUGUUAUUCAUUGCUCAUAAACUAGACCUAUAAGUAGUAUGACUCUACAUUCCAGGCUGUGAGAAAGGUUUACUUUUCAAUCGUUUUUCUUCAUAGUCAGAUGGAGGGCCUAUAAACGUGCUCUCAAUUGGCAUACAUUUUCCGAUGUUGUAGAAAUGUUUUUAUUAGCCCCGGAUGUAUUUAGCUGGGUCACGGGUGAAGGCUCUUUGAUGCUUUUGUUAGUAAUGUUUUAGCUUACUCAUGGGAGCAUGACUAAACACAUACAGGCAACAGAGGUCUGUUCAGCCAGAGCUCUUUACAUUGGCUAAUUGAUUCACAUAUUACAGAGUAUUAUUUAUGAGGGAUAAAUGCUUUAGGAAACAUUCUCUCUCUGUCAGUCUUGGAAGAGAUGUGUGGUACAUCAGAUAUACUCUAGAAUAAAUGUAGGCAUAUGAUUUGACUCUAUAAUCGUAUUAAAUAGGCUAAACAAUCUGGGAAAGGAUGGGUCACAUAAAUGAAUUGAAAGAUGGAUGAAUGAAUAGCUAGAUAAAUAAACAAGUGAAAAUAACGGAUGGAUACAUUAGCCAUCAUUUGGAAAUAAUUAUGAGACCAAAACUUUAAAUGCAUUCUCAAUCACUGUGAAAAGAGUAGAUUGUCCUGUGCUGUUUACACUACCUCUGUACCCUUGUAUUUCUCCAGAUCCAUCGCUGUGGUCUCAGGAUCAUGUCCGCCAGUGGCUAGAGUGGGCCAUCAAGGAGUACGGCCUGCUGGAGAUGGACACGGCCAUGUUCCAGAACACAGACGGCAAGGAGCUGUGUAAGAUGAGCAAGGACGACUUCCUCCGACUGACCACCAUGUACAACGCUGAAGUCCUACUCUCUCAUCUCAAUUACCUCAGGGAAAGUAAGUUCUGGCAGCCAUUUGAAUUGAUCUAUACUGAACAAAAUAUAAACGCAACAUGUAAAGUGUUGGUCCCAUGUUUCAUGAGCUGAAAUAAAAGAUCCCAGAAAUGUUCCACAUGCAUAAAAAACGUAUUUCUCUCAAAUGUUGUGCACAAAUCAAAUCAAAUCAAUUUUUAUUUGUCACAUACACGUGUUUAGCAAUGUUAUUGCGGGUGUAGCGAAAUGCUUGUGCUUCUAGCUCUGACAGUGCAGUAAUAUCUAACAAGUAAUAUCUAACAAUUUCACAACAUAUACCCAAUACACACAAAUCUAGUAAGGAAUGGAAUUUAAGAAUAUAUACAUAUAUGGACAAGCAAUGACAGAGCGGCAUGGACUAAGAUACAGUAGAAUAUUAUAGAAUAGAAUACAGUAUAUACAUAUGAGAUGAGUAGUGCAAGAUAUGUAAACAUUUUUAAAGUGACUAGUGUUCCAUUUCUUAAAUUUGAUUGCAUCCCUGUUAGCGAGCAUUUCUCCUUUGCCAAGAUAAUCCAUCCACCUGACAGGUGUGGCAUAUCAAGAAGCUGAUUAAACAGCAUGAUCAUUACACAGGUGCACCUUGUGGUGGGGACAAUAAAAGGCCACUCUAAAAUGUGCCGUCUUGUCACACAACACAAUGCUGUAGAUGUCGCAAGUUUUGAGGGAGGGUGCAAUUGGCAUGCUGACUGCAGGAAUGUCCACCAGAGCUGUUGCCAGAGAAUUAAAUGUUAAUUUCCAUACCAUCGUUUUAGAGAAUUUGGCAGUAAGUCCAACCGGCCUCACAAUCACAGACCAUGUGUAUGGCGUCGUGUGGGCAAGCGUUUUGCUGAUGUCAACGUUGUGAACAGAGUGCCCCAUGGUGGCGGUGGGGUUAUGGUAUGGGCAGGCAUAAGCUACGGACAAGAACACAAUUGCAUUCUAUCGAUGGCAAUUUGAAUGCACAGAGAUACCGUGACGAGAUCCUGAGGCCCAUUGUCGUGCCAUUCAUCCGCUGCCAUCACCUCAUUUUACCAUGAUAAUGCACAGCCCCCUGUAUACAAUUCCUGAAAGCUGAAAAUGUCCCAGUUCUUCCAUGGCCUGCAUACUCACCAGACAUGUCACCCAUUGAACAUGUUUUGGAUGCUCUGGAUUGACGUGUACGACAGCAUGUUCCAGUUCCCGCCAAUAUCCAGCAACUUCGCACAGCCAUUGAAGAGGAGUGGGACAACAUUCCAUAGGCCACAAUCAACAGCCUGAUCAACUCUAUGCGAAGGAGAUGUGUCGCGCUGCAUGAGGCAAAUGGUGGUCACACCAGAUACUGACUGGUUUUCUGAUCCACACCCCUACCUUUUUUUGAAAGGUAUCAACAGUAUUUUUGACCAACAGAUGCAUAUCUUUAUUCCCAGUCAUGUGAAAUCCAUAGAUUAAAUUGACUGAUUUCCUUAUAUGAACUGUAACUUAGUAAAAUGUUUGAAAUUGUUGCAUGUUGUGUUUAUAUAUUUUUUCAGUAUAUGUCAGUGAUGGAUUGUGGAUGUGUAGGACUCUAGUUUCUCAGUGAUCUUUAUUCUCAAUGUGGUAACAAACAGUGACAAGAUGACAAAACAGAAAUUCUUCCAUUAGCCAGUCUGUACUGCAGUCUGACAUUGACAUAAUUUACAUCCAAUCUCGUUCACCCGGCUAUGUGAGAAUGCCAGAAAACGUGGUUUACCCGUUUGUAAUGUUUUACAUUAUGUCUUUUGCCUGGAUAGUUUUUUUCAUAAAGAGUAGAGGAGGCUUAAAUAGCACAGACAUUUCCAUCUCUGUUUCUCAGCGCAUCGCCCCUGCUUUUAGAUGUUUUACUGAGGGUAAGAAUGCCAAACCAAGGGGAAUAACAUGACUCACUGUGUUUUGUCACCAUUGUCAUCAUGUUACAGUCGCCAGACAAUGAUACAGCCUUACUGGAAACCUGGACCCCAUUUCUCCAAAAUGGCUGCCCUGCAGGCCUUGGCACAUACAGCCAUCGCAGCCAUGAGGACUUAAGAGUUUUUUCCCUGUAGAUAACCAUCAUCUCUGGACUGUAACCCGCUCUCCCUCCAUUUAGGAUUGCCUUAUUCCACAUAGGCCACAGUAAGAUGAAGCCCAGGUGCAUUGCCUCAGGAAUCACGCGAGCGAGUGAGGCCUAUGUGUUCAGCAGAGAACAGGAAGUUUAUCUGUAAUAUACAAUGGAGGCAGCUUGGCUGAUUCAUUGCAAGGCCUUUUGUACAUUACGGCCUCGCAUGUUUUGGCAGCGAGACACGACUGUAAAGAAACAAGGUUUCUCUGCACCAAUAUGCAAAUGCCAUCUAUAAGCAAGAUAUCAGGAGAACAGGCAGCAUCUGGCAUCGCGUACAGAUCAUCUGGACUGUGUACCGUUCUGUGCUGUAUAGUUUAGGUUUUAUAGACAUCCACUGCAUUUUAUGGAGUUGGUGGAUGGCCAUCACAAAACAUACUAAGCCAUAAUGUUGGUGGCCAUCCAUAAAAUCAGUUAUUUCAGUAAACCAGGAAAUAUAAUUCCAUGGAUAUCCCACCCUCUAUGUAUGACGGUUAUCCUCUGCUGUUUGCACUCUACUGUAUGGCAAGAAUAGCAGCUGCAGCUACAAAAUGUCAUGACAUGGAGCUGGGUGGAGCCCCUAAUGGUUAAUAAUUCUAACGUUUCUCCUAAAAAUUGUGAUGGGUCUUGCUGUGAUGUAAUGGGAACUUUAUUCUGUGAGUGACAACAGUUUUCUCUGUGCUGUGCGUGGCGUCUGGGCUCAGGGAAUGGGGAUGACUGCCGUGAGUAUAACAGCCCCAUUGUGUUACAAUGCAGCAUGGACUGGAGGCUCUGUGUGUCUGACUGACCGCCUCCGGGCCCUCUCCCUCUCCGCAGAGCAGUUUUCAUUAGGAACGGUUGCCGCGGGACUUAGCCUGGCUUAGGCGUCCUGCACUGCGGCUCUCCCCCCGCCAUGAUUCUUUUGAUUUAGUUGUUGUGUGUUUUGGAAACAGAAGAGAUGUUUCGGAAUCUUCCGCUCGGCUAUUGAAAUUGCUUUGGACCCCUUCCCAAGCCAGGAGAAAAAUGCUCUUUUUUCGUCCCGUGCCUAGCUGACCAGUGGCAGGCCUUUUGAGAAAUAAGCAGCACUAGGGCGUAUAUUAACGCGGGGCGGUGAGCUCGGGUUGAGGUGGGAGAAACUGUGUUAGUAAAGGCACGAUGUCGGAAGAGGGCAGGGUUUAUCCUGACCUCAGGGCCACAGAUUUGAAACUGAAGCUGAUCUUUUCCCCCUGCAGCACAAACAAACACAAUCACAGACAAUGAGCUAGCCCGUCCAGAACGCAGACCUCUGGCUUCACUCACGAGGAGAGCUGGAGCGGGGCCGAGCUCUCGGUUCCGACUCAGACACACAUACAGAGGGAGAGGGAGAGGCAGGCCCUGGAAGUAUUUAGUGAUUACAGGCCGUGUGAUGCCUCACCCUCUCCCGUCCUCCACUUCUCCACUCUCCUCCCAACCCGACGACGGUCCGCCCUCGACGAGCUGGAAUCAUUUCAUACACAUCUGUGUACAUUGUGUGUUACUUUGGGGUCUGUUUAUUGAAACUCUGAUUAACAUUCUUCAGUGUCAUUAAGCUUGUUCACUGUAGGCCAGAGCAGGGCAGGGACAUUUCCCCUCCCUGCGGCUGUAUGCUAACAGAAACAACACGCCUGUCUGCUUACUCUUAGUCAUACACAGGGAGGAAUAUCAUAUAAAUGCACAUGCCAGCAAGGCAUUCUGCACAUAUCUGAAUCUCUGUCUCCAGCUGCGAACAGUAAUAAGGGUGGUUGCCUGUGCAUUAUUUUGGCCCCAUUGUUGGUCACUUAUCCAGAUUUUAUAUGCGAUGGCCGCCUGUUCUCCAAUGUGCUUUCAAUUUGGGGCGCAAUUUGAGAAUUUGUUCAAAUUAGUCUGUCAGGGAGGGACUGCGGACUGUUUGCUUUAUUGCACCCAUGUAGGUCGGUUUGAUACCACAUGUGCUGGAACGAACCAAGCACAGCACAGUGAAACCUCCAACAAGGAGAGAUUGUAUCCUCAGACACAGAGACAGGAGAAAGGGGGGAGAGAGAGAAAAAGAGGGAAUGAAAGAGUGGGAGUUUUUAUUGAAGUGCGUGGAAAUAGCCUGAAGUGGCUCUGAUUGAGUGCCAUAGGAGAAUAGCUGCAUUGCUUUCUUUCCCAGCUGUCCCUGCUCUGGUCUGGUCUGCUCUGUGUGGCUGACUGUGGCUGGAGGGAUUUACAGAGUGAUAAGUCUGGGCUCCCAGCCUCCCGGGCUGCCUCUGCUGCUGAUCCUACUGCUGCUGCUGGUGCAGCCCGCUCCAGUGUGGGGACAUUCUCAAGACCUCAAUAGUUUAUUCAGACCAUAAACAUCUGGGCUGAAGGCUGCAGAGGAAAAGGAGGUCUGAAGUUCUCUCCUUCGCAGCCAGUUACUCUCUCUCUCUCUCUCUCUCUCUCUCUCUCUCUCUCUCUCUCUCUCUCUCUCUCUCUCUCUCUCUUUCUCUCUCUCUCUCUCUCUCUCUCUCCCCUUUUCUUUUUAGGUUUUUAUGGAGCUCCCCCUGCAUUAGUUAUUUCUAUUGGCAGAUUAGCACUGCAGUGGAGGGGCUCAGAGGCCUGGCUGCCUCUGUUGUUAGCUGUUAGGUACCAUUACACAGCACCUCUGGUUGGUUUGGGUUGGUCAGGGAACUGAGCUAAUGUAGUCUAAUGAGUGGGGUCUCCGAGGACUCCUUUAAGGGGCAGUGGCCUCACCGCCUGGGUGGGUGCCCCUCAGAUUGUUGAUGGAAAGAAGGGUAUGUACAUGUUUGAGGGGGUGUGGGGCUUGAGAUGGGUUUGUUGAUGGAGAAAAUGGUAUACAUGUUUGAGGGGGUAGUACAGAUUUUAGCUUGGUAGGAUCAACAACAGGCCAGGGCUCAGCAAAGGUCAAUGACGUCUAACCAUCUCACAAGGAUGUCUGUCAAUAUUAUGGUGUGUCAAGAUGGAGGAUGGAGGGGCAGGGGGCGUUUUAAAGAGUCAUCAUUCAUAGAAAAGAAAGAAAAGAAAACAGUGCUCUGGGCAGAUGUGGCUCGGUUGAAGGAGGCUGAACAUUAGCCAGUCAUCCCACUGCGCAGUCAGAUUACUGGGAAGUGUUUUCGAGGGGGAAGAGUGUGUCCAAAUAAAUAGGCGGUGUGGCCAAGCCUCCCUCGCCCAAAGUGUCAGUGUUGGCGCUCCCCAUUUUCUCUAUCUUUCUCCCUCUCUCCCUCUCUCCCUCGCUCUCCCUCUCCCCCUCGCUCUCCCUCUCUCCCUCGCUCUCUCUCUCCCUCGCUCUCCCUCUCUCCCUCGCUCUCCCUCUCUCCCUCGCUCUCCCUCUCUCCCUCGCUCUCCUCUCUCCCUCGCUCUCUCUCACUCCCUCGCUCUCUCUCUCUCCCUCGCUCUCUCUCUCUCGGCUCUCCCUCUCUCCCUCGCUCUCCUCUUCCCUCGUCUCCCUCCGUCCCGCAUCUCUCUCUCUCCCUCGCUCUCUCUUCUCCCUCGCUCUACCUCCCUCGCUCUCUCUAUCUCCCUCGCUCUCCCUCUCUCCCUCGCUCUCCCUCUCUCUCUCGCUCUCUCUCACUCCCUCGCUCUCUCUCUCUCUCUCGCUCUCUCUAUCUCCCUUCCUUAGAAUAGCGGUCCCAGCGUUCUCUUUUGAAUCUGUUUUCUCAGCAGCUCUGCCUGUCUGGGGCGGCCCCCAUGUGGAACGCAGUAGUUAACCCUAACCCCAUCUCUCUCUCUCCCCCUGAGGAUGGGUCGGUGCCGUGCCUACCCCGUGCGCUUACACUGAGAGUGUGGAAUAAUUUUUGUAUGGGGAGCUGCGUUUGAUUGCUGUGCAGGGACCCUGCCUCACAUAAUGCUUCCCCUGUUCACCGGCCCCAGGUCCAAACCAGGGCCAGAGCCUUGGGGGUGGCGUGGGGUGGAGCGGGAUAGGUGUGUAGAGCCCCUCGCCUCCCGCCACCCCCCUUGCUGUGGCAAUUCCCAAGCUGUAGCCCAUACUGUUAUUCAUCUCUCCAUCUCCUCCUGCCCAUUCAGAAAAGCUCCUAGAGUUCCUUCCUAACCAGCAACUCCCCAUAGUAGUAGUCUUUGUCUUAAAUUGUACACUCCCUAUGGUAGUAGUAGCAAUGGUAUUUUCCCAGUGCAUUUUUGGUCUGUUUUUCCACUCUGAUUUAUGCGUAGUUGCAGCUAAAGUUAAGAGAGCGUUUUGGUGCCGCCCAGGGUGCCUGUGUAAGCAGAGGAAUGCAGAGCACAGUUCUGCUCCAUAAGGUAAAAUGAAAAGCUAGCCAUUAUGCUAUUAUAAAUAGUCUUGGUUUCUGGACUUUAAUAGUCAGGAGGUUUGUGGUGGAAUUGUUGACUCAGCACAGCAUUCCGAGUUUAAAGGAUUACAUAUUAAAAUAUUGCUGGGUCAAUUCUUUAUUGGGUAGAAUGGAUUGAUUGUUUACCAUGUACCAUGGGCAGUUUUUAGGUAUACUUUUAAGAGGCAUCUCAAAUGAAAGGAAAUUGAGAUCUACAGUAAUCAAAGAUCUUCUUACUGCCACCUACUGGUUAUUGGCCAGUGUUACUACCUACUACCAUACCCUGUUCAAAGGCACUUACCCUCUGAAUGGCACACAUACACAAUCCAUGUCUCAAUUGUCUCAAGCCUUAGAAAUCCUUCUUUAACCUGUCUCCUCCCCUUCAUCUAUACUGAUUGAAGUGGAUUUAACAGGUGACAUCAAUAAGGGAUCAAAGCUUUCACAUGGAUUCACCUGGUCAGUCUAUGUCAUGGAAAUGUUUUGUACACUCAGUUUAUAAUGAAUAAUGAAUCAUUAGAAUUAAUUACUUGAAUUACUAUACUAUAUAACCUAUUAGCCAGUAUUUUUAAUUUGUCUUGCCCUAUGCACAGAUAACUGUAAACUUUGAGAUCAUACAGCUCUGACGUUGUGCCCAUCUGGCGUGUUGCAGGUAGUUCAUCAUCAUCCUACAACACUCCAUCUCACACGGACCAGUCUGCACGCCUGGCUGCCAAAGAAGGUAGGACAGCAUUAAUGUUAAAUAUGGGCAACUGUUUUCUAUUUCAGAGGUGUUUUUAUAGGGGACUAUGUUUCCUGAAUUGAAAAGAGCCAGGAACAGUGAGGGGAAAAAAGUAUUUGAUCCCCUGCUGAUUUUGUACAUUUGACCACUGACAAAGAAAUGAUCAGUCUAUGAUUUUAAUGGUAGGUUUAUUUGAACAGUAAGAGACAGAAUAACAACAAAAGAAUCCAGAAAAACGCAUGUCAAAAAUGUUAUGAAUUGAUUUGCAUUUUAAUGAGGGAAAUAAGUAUUUGACCCCAUCUCAAUCAGAAAGAUUUCUGGCUCCCAGGUGUCUUUUAUACAGGUAACGAGCUGAAAUUAGGAGCACACUCUUAAAGGGAGUGCUCCCAAUCUCAGCUUGUUACCAGUAUAAAAGACACCUGUCCACAGAAGCAAUCAAUCAAUCAGAUUCCAAACUCUCCACCAUGGCCAAGACCAAAGAGCUCUCCAAGGAUGUCAGGGACAAGAUUGUAGACCUACACAAGGCUGGAAUGGGCUACAUGACCAUCGCCAAGCAGCUUGGUGAGAAGGUGACAACAGUUGGUGUGAUUAUUCGCAAAUGGAAGAAACACAAAAGACCUGUCAAUCUCCCUCGGCCUGGAGCUCCAUGCAAGAUCUCACCUCGUGGAGUUGCAAUGAUCAUGAGAACGGUGAGGAAUCAGCCCAGAACUACACGGGAGGAUCUUGUCAAUGAUCUCAAGGCAGCUGGGACCAUAGUCACCAAGAAAACAAUUGGUAACACACUACGCCGUGAAGGACUGAAAUCCUGCAGCGCCCGCAAGGUCCCCCUGCUCAAGAAAGCACAUAUAGAGGCCCGUCUGAAGUUUUCCAAUGAACAUCUGAAUGAUUCAGAGGAGAACUGGGUGAAAGUGUUGUGGUCAGAUGAGACCAAAAUGGAGCUCUUUGGCAUCAACUCAACUCGCCGUGUUUGGAGGAGGAGGAAUGCUGCCUAUGACCCCAAGAACACCAUCCCCACCGUCAAACAUGGAGGUGGAAACAUUAUGCUUUGGGGGUGUUUUUCUGCCAAGGGGACAGGACAACUUCACCGCAUCAAAGGGACGAUGGACGGGGCCAUGUACCGUCAAAUCUUGGGUGAGAACCUCCUUCCCUCAGCCAGGGCAUUGAAAAUGGGUCGUGGAUGGGUAUUCCAGCAUGACAAUGACCCAAAACACAUGGCCAAGGCAACAAAGGAGUGGCUCAAGAAGAAGCACAUUAAGGUCCUUGAGUGGCCUAGCCAGUCUCCAGACCUUAAUCCCGUAGAAAAUCUGUGGAGGGAGCUGAAGGUUAGAGUUGCCAAACGUCAGCCUUGAAACCUUAAUGUCUUGGAGAAGAUCUGCAAAGAGGAGUGGGACAAAAAAUCCCUCCUGAGAUGUGUGCAAACCUGGUGGCCAACUACAAGAAACGUCUGACCUCGGUGAAUACUAAAAAGGGUUUUGCCCUCAUUAAAAUGCAAAUAAAUUUAUAACAUUUUUGACAUGUGUUUUUCUGGAUUAUUUUGUUGUUAUUCUGUGUCUCACUGUUCAAAUAAACCUCCCAUUAAAAUUAUAGACUGAUCAUGUCUUUGUCAGUGGGCAAACGUACAAAAUCAGCAGGGGAUCAAAUACUUUUUUCCCUCACUGUAUAUGCUGAGAGAGAGAGAGAGAGAGAGAGAGAGAGAGAGUUCUCAUUUAGCAUGAUCAUUUAGCCAAAACAAUAGAGCUGUAGCACGCUCCGCUCUGUCUGCCAGCCCCUCAGCGCAUGGCGGUCUCAGUGUGAGUGCCAGUUCCCUCUCUGCUGCCACAGAGGACAACAGGCCCAGGUCCUGGCAGCACCAAGCAGAGACACAGCUAUUGACAGGUGCAUCUUUUGUACAGGGGAAUAAUACCAGGCAGCGCUACCCCAGUCUGUGCUAUUCAUGGCCUACCUGCACAUGGGGGAAAGCGAGGGCCACCUUAGAAUGGAAGGGAAUUAGCAAAACAAAAGGCAUGCCGUGGCUAACCUCCCCAUCCACAGAAGGAGAUAAAGGAGGAUAGGGUGGAGGGCUCAGAUAGAACGUCUAAAUAAGGUCAUUUUUGUGGAGGGGAAUACUUAAAGGACAGGUGGUUCAGCCACAAUGCAAACAGAGAGAAGGAGACAGAAAGGGAGAUUAGUUGUUUUUGUUGUCACAAUUUUGACUCAAUCUUUGACUCAAUCUAAGAGGGAACACGUGGUGGUGGGCAGGAAAGGUUUUGGGGGGGUUAAUGUGUGUAUUUGUGUGGGUUUGGGAGGGCAACUGUUACACUGAGCGGUGAAGGGCACUGUUCAGUGUUAUAGCAUGUAGGUUAGCAUUCUGUGUUGUUUGGUGUUGAUGAGGCUUGUUCAUUCUCUCCGAUCAGAUAAACUGAUCAGUCUGGAGGAUAGGGUUUUUUGCAGACAGCUAAAAUGUGACUUUAUGGUCCCUAAAGAUCUCUGAAUGUCUUUAAGGUCUUCUGAGGAGACCUUGGCUAAUGAGCAUUUGCACUGGCAUUUGUCAAAUCAAAUCACAUUUGUUUUGUCACGUGCUUCGUAAACAACAGGUGUGGACUAACAGUGAAAUGCUUACUCACGGCCUUUCCCAACAAUGCAGAGGGAAAGAAAAUAGAGAAAUAAUUGAAAAGUAAAACACAUAAUAAUAAUAAAAGUAAUAAUAGAUACACAAUGAGUAACGAUAACUUGGCUAUAUACAAGGGGUACCAGUACCGAGUCGAUGUGCACGGGUACGAGGUAACUGAGGUAGACUUUUUCCACGUUUUGUUACGUUACAGCCUUAUUCUAAAAUGGAUUAAAUAAAUACAAAUCCUCAUCAAUCUACACACAAUACCCCAUCAUGACAAAGCGAAAACAGGUUUUUAAAAACUUUUGCAAAUGUAUUAAAAUAAAAAACAGAAAUACCUUAUUUACAUAAGUAUUCAUACCCUUUGCUAUGAGACUCGAAAUUGAGCUCAGGUGCAUCCUGUUUCCAUUUAUCAUCCUUCAGAUGUUCCUACAACUCCACCUGUGGUAAAUUCAAUUGAUUGGACAUGAUUUGGAAAGGCACACACCUGUCUAUAUAAGGUCCCACAGUUGACAGUGCAUGUCAGAGCAAAAACCAAGCCAUGAGGUCGAAAGAAUUGUCCAUAGAGCUCUGAGACAGGAUUGUGUCGAGGCACAGAUCUGGGGAAGAGUACCAAAACAUUUCUGCAGCAUUAAAGGUCCCCAAGAACACAGUGGCCUCCAUCAUUCUUAAAUGGAAGAAGUUUGGAACCACAAGACUCUUCGUAGAGCUGGCAGCCCGGCCAAACUGAGCAAUCGGGGGAGAAGGGCCUUGGUCAGGGAGGUGACCAAGAACUCGAUGGUCACUCUGUCAGAGCUCCAUCUCUGCAGCACUCCACCAAUCAGGCCUUUAUGGUAGAGUAGCCAGACAGAAGCCACUCCUCAGUAAAAGGCACAUGACAGCCCGCUUGGAGUUUGCCAAAAGGCACCUAAAGGACUCUCAGACCAUGAGAAACAAGAUUCUCUGGUCUGCUGAAACCAAGAUUGAACUCUUUGGCCUGAAUGCCAAGUGUCACAUUUGGAGGAAACCUGGCACCAUCCCUACGGUGAAGUAUGGUGGUGGCAGCAUCAUGCUGUGGGGAUGUUUUUCAGCAGCAGGGACUGGGAGACUAGUCAGGAUCGAGGGAAAGAUGAACGGAGCAAAGUACAGAGAGAUCCUUGAUGAAAACCUGCUUAAGAGUGCUCAGGACCUCAGACUGGGGCGAAGGUUCACCUUCCAAUAGGACAACGACCCUAAGCACACAGCCAUGACAAUGCAGGAGUGGCUUCAGGAAAAGUCUCUGAAUGUCCUUGAGUGGCCCAGCCAGAGCACAGACUUGAACCCGAUCGAACAUCUCUGGAGAGACCUGAAAAUAGCUGUGCAGAGGCGCUCCCCAUCCAACCUGACAGAGCUUGAGAGGAUCUGCAGAGUAGAAUGGGAGAAGCUCCCCAAAUACAGAUGUGCCAAGCUUGUAGAGUCAUAUCCAAGAAGACUCAAGGCUGUAAUCGCUGCCAAAGGUGCUUCAACAAAGUACUGAGUAAAGGGUCUGAAUGCUAAUGUAAAUGUGAUAUUUCAGUUUUUCUUUUUAUAAAUGUGCUAAAAUGUCUAAAAACCUGUUUUUGCUUUGUCAUUAUGGGGUAUUGUGUGUAGAUUAAUGAAGAAAAAAAACGAUUUAAUCAAUUUUAGAAUAAGGCUGUAACGUAACAAAAUGUGGAAAAAGUCAAGGGGUCUGAAUACUUUCCGAUUGCACUGUAACUAGGAAUAAAGUGACAGAUAGUAAACAGUAGCACUAGCGUAUGUUAUGAGUUAAAAAAAUAAGUGCAAAAAGAGUCAAUGCAGAUAGUCCGGAUAGCUGAUUGGUUAACUAUUUAACUAACCAUUUAUCAGUCUUAUGGUUUAGGGGUAGAAGCUGUUCAGGAUCCUGUUGGUUCCAGACUUGGUGCGUCAGACCCGCCUAAGCCUGUAUUAGUGCCUGUGAGAUGAGGUACAUAUCCUUUACAUGUGGACUGUGAAGUCACCACCACAUACAGUACAUGAGAACAGGCUGCAAUAACACUGAUAGUCUGGCUCACAGGAAAAGGGCGUAUCUAGCUGGGGAGAGAGGAAGAAACUAGGCUGAUAAAUGUUCAACAUGCCCCUCUAUUCCACCGAUGAGUUACACUGUUCUCACCCUGGUUCAUAUCAUCAGGCCAAUGGGCAUGCUCGAUAACAUUCAUUUUUUUUGUACAAUUUUAUUUAGUUUUUUUUAGACAAUAGACAUUGACAAAAGACAAUAGACACGAUCAAUAAGAUUCUGCAGUGUCACUUCUGACCCCUUCUUCCUGGUUCUCAGUGGCAGGUAUUUAGACUGGCAGAUCCAGCAGGUCAACUCCCCUCAACACCAUUUCCCCAACACAGAGAAGUGAUUUCUAUUAUAGGCUACCAAAUAACAGUGCUCCUUCUUCUCCUAAUACAAACUCAGUCACAGCCCAAAUUCCAUAAAAGCCUUUUGCUUCAAGAAAUGCCAGCAUUGAGACUUCUAUCAACUUUCUAACACCAGAUGUUCACAGUCAUAUUGCCUGUAGAAAUGGGUCACAUACCAUCUCAGCUCUCUCAGGGUAUAGUAAGCACCAUUAUUCAGCAGGAGACCUCCAAAUCUUUUCCAGACUGUCUGAUGUAAAAAGCAAUGUUAUGAAUAAAAGUGAUCUUAUAAAACAUGGAAUGCAGCAGCCAUGAAAAGUGUGGGUGUGUGUGAGUGCGUUUGUGUGUGUGUGUUCAUGUGCUUGCUUGCAUGUGUGUUGAGCUAAAGGGUACAGGGAGAUAGUUUGGAGAUUCAGUGAUUUACCACAUGGCUCCUCAGUGGUCACAGAGAGGGAAGCUUUAGAGAUUGAUGGGCUUAAUUCUUUGUCUUUUAUCUUUCCUUCUAUGGCCUCCCAAGUGGAGGACUGCUGAUUUACAUUGGUUGUAUAGCCAGGCAUACGUACAGUACUCUAUCCAUUGUAUGUCCAUUGUGUCUGCUAAAGCUUGGCAGCUGCCUCUUCCUCAUAUUGUCAGCUCUUUUCCUUUCUCACACAGAUGGCUUUUAAAGCACCUGCAUACAGUAUAAAAAGCCAUGCUCUGUCUGAGUCUGUGUCUUUGGCUGAGACUUUGGGUUAAAAGCAGUCCAUGACUAGACUUCUCUCUCGCUGGUGCCCAGCCCUUGUUUUGAAUAGCUGGUCUGCAGUCAAGUCUCCCAGGAGCGAGCAUUGCACCACACCCCAGCCUAGAGUGGAAACUGGCUCCACUCAGAGAGGGCCUGGAAAAAGAGGGAGAGGGGCUCUGACGUGCCAUACUUUUUGUGGUGUCUGUUGAGUUUGCAUGGCUGACUGUGUCCCUGACCUGGUGUGCUCAUCUGGACUCUGGUCGUCCUUCCCAGUCUGUCUGCCUGGCUGCCCCCUCUCCUAUCAUCUCUUCUCCUUUCCUCUCUUCUCCUUUCGUACCCUGUCCUCCCCUCUCGUCUCCUCUUCUGCCCUUGAGCAAGGCAGUUAACCCCCACAGCAACUGCUCCCCGGGCGCCAAUGACGUGGAUGUCGAUUAAGGCAGCCCCCUGCAACUCUCCGAUUCAGAGGGGUUUGGGUUAAAUGUGGAAGACACAUUUCAGUUGAAUGCAUUCAGUUGUGCAACUGACUAGUAUUCUCCUCUCCCUCCUCCCUCUCCCUCUCCUCUCCUCUCCUCUCAUGGGGUUUUUUUUGGCAGCCCGCAAAAGUGACUUUAGGGGUCCCAAAAGAUCUCUAAAGUUUUUAAGGCCCUUCGGAGGAACCGGGGUAAUGAGUUUUUUUUUGCCGGGCAUUUGUAAAAUUUAAAAUCACUUUUGUUUUGUCACGUGUUCGAAACAACAGGGGGGACAAAAAGUGAAAUGCUUACUAGGGCCCUUUUCCCAAAAAUUUCAGAGGGAAAGAAAAAGAGAAAUAAGUAAAAAGAAAAAACCUUUUUAAAAAAAUUUAAUAAUAAAAGGGUAAUAAUAAAUUAAAAACAAUGGGGGUUUACGUUUUGGCAAAACCAGGGUUACCAGAAAAAACCGGGAAUUGGGGGUUGCAGGGGGAAACGGGGGGAACGGGGGGAAGGGGGGGGGGGGAAUUUUUUCCUUUUUUUGGGGGAUUUUAAACAGCCUUUUCAAAAAAAGGGAUUAAAAAAAUUAAAACCCUUUUCCACAAAACCCCAAAAUUCCCCCAUCAUGAAAAAGCAAAAAAAGGUUUUUUUUAAAAAAAUUUUUUGAAAAGUAUUAAAAAAAAAACAAAAACCUUAUUUACAUAAGUAAAAAACCCUUUUGAAUGGGGCUCGAAAUUGACUAGGUGCUUUCCCGGUUUCCAUUUAUCAUCCUUCAGUGUUCCUAAAAACUCCACCUGUGGAAAAAUUCCCAUUGUUUGGACAGAUUUGGAAAGGCAAAACACCUGUCAUAUAAGGCCCCACAGUUUAAUCAGGAUGUCAGAGAAAAAAAACCAACCCAAAAAGAGGUCGAAAAAAAAAAUUGCCCCUUUUGAGCCUGAGACGGGAAAAAUUGUUUUCGAGCACAGAUCUGGGGAAAGUACCAAAACCUUUUGAGCUUUUAAAGGCCCCCCAAAAACCACAGGGGCCCCCUCCUCAUUUUUUAAAGGGAAGAAGUUUGGAACCCCAAGACUUUCGUAGAGCUGGCAGCCCCCGGCCCAAACUGGGGAAAGGGGGGAAAAGGGGGGCCGGGGGGGGGGGUUGGGUGGGGAGGUGCCCAAGGGAAACUCGGGGGUCACUCUGCCCAGAGCCCCCAUCUCUGCAGCACCCCCCCAAUUUCAGGCCUUUAUGGAAAGGACCCCAGACAAAAACCAAACUCCUCAGUAAAAAAGGCACUUUAAAAGCCCGCUUGGGUUUCCCAAAAGGCACCUAAAAAGGAUUUCCCCAAAACCAUAAAGAAACAAGUUUUUGGGUUUCCUGUGAAACCAAGAUUGAACUUUUUGGGGCCUAAAUCCAAGGGCCAAUUUUGGGAGGAACCUGGAAAAAACAAUUACGUAAAGGGGUAUUGGGUGGUGGGGCAUCAUGCUGGGGGGAGUUUUUUAAGCAAAGGGGGGGAAAGACUAGCAGGAUCGGGGGAAAAAAAAAUGAAGGGAAAAGGCAAAAAAAAAACAAGAGAUCCGGGAGGGGAAAAACCGGCUUAAAAAAGUUUCCCGGAAAAUAAAAAAUGGGGCGAAGGUUAAACCCCCCCAAUGGGACAACGCCCCAAAGAAAAAACCCAUGACAAUGCGGGGAAGGGGCCCAGGAAAGGGCUUUUUGAAUUGCUCCUUGAUUUCCCCGGCCGGGGGAAGCAAAAAGACUUGAACCCCGAUGGGAACAUCUCGGGGAGAGACCGGGAAAAUAGCUGUGAGAGGCGCUCCCAUCCAACCGGGACAAAGCUUGAGGGGGGGUCGCAGAGUAAAAAAGGGGGAAAAAGGGCUCCCCAAAUCCCGAGGGUGCCAAGCUUGAGAGUAAAUUUCCAAGAAGAUAAAAAGGCGGGAAAAAUCGUCCCAAAAGGGUUCCUUCAAAAAAGGGUACUGAGAAAAGGGGGGCUGAAGGCUAAUGUAAAUGUGAUAUUUCAGUUUUUUUUUUUUAAAAAUGUGUUUAAAAAUGUUUUUAAAAACCUUUUUUUUUGCUUUGUCAUUAGGGUAUUGUGUUUUUUUAGAUUAAUGAAAAAAAAAAAAACGUUUUAAUCAAUUUUGGGAAUAAGGCUUUUUUUUUAAACGUACAAAAUGGGGGAAAAAGGGUCAAAAGGGGGGGUCUAAAUAACUUUCCGAUUGAAACUGUCUGGGAAUAAAGUGACAGAUAGAAAAACAUUUAGAAACUGGGCGAAAUUUUAUGGGGUUAAACAAAAAAAGUCCCCAAAAAAAAAAGGUCAAGGGUUUUUAGUCCGGAUAGCUGUUUGGUUUAAACUAUUUAACAACCAUUUAAAAAUCGGGUUUAAAAUGGGGGGUUUGGGGGAAGCUGUUCAGGUCCUUUUGGGUUUUCCAGAUUUGGGUUUCGUCGGGACCCGCCUAAGCCUUAAGUCCCCGGUGAAUGAGGUACAUACCCUUUCCCUGUGGACUGUGAAGUCAACCCCCCACAUCCAAAACCUGAAAAAACCAAGGUUUUGAAAUAACACUAAAUUAGCCCCCUGGCUCACAGGAAAAGGGCGUAUCAAAGUUUGGGGGGGGGAAAAGGGGAAAACCCUUAGCUGAAAAAAUGUUAAACUUUGCCCUUUUUCCCACCGAUGAGUUACACUUUUUCCCCACCCUGGUUCAAUAUCGGGCCAAUGGGCAGCUCGUAACAUUCAUUUUUUUUUUUUUCCUUUUAAAUUUAGUUUUUUUUUUUUUAACAAUAGACUUGACAAAAGCAAAGACACGAUAAAUAAGUUUCCCUGCUUUUUUUAAUUCUGACCCCUUCUUCCUGGUUUCAUUGGAAGGGUAUUUAGACGGGGCAAAAUCCAGCAGGUCAACUCCCCUCAACCCCCACCCCCCCAACACAGAAAAGUGAUUUUAUUAUAGGAACCCAAAAAACCAGUGCUCCUUUUUCUCCUAUCAAACUCCGUUUACAGGCCCCCCCUUUUCCAAAAACCGCCUUUUGCUUAAGAAUCCAGCUUGGAUUCCCAUCAAAAUUUUUUCACCCGAUGUUCCCAGGGCAUUUGCCCGUGAAAUGGGGCCCCCCCCCUCACUCCUCUUGGGUUGGGGCCAAACCCCCCUUACCCGGAAGACCCCCCAAAAAUCUUUUCCCCGACCCGUUCUUUGUUAAAAGCCCCCCCCCCUUUUGGAUGUGUCUAUCCUGGGAAAUUUUUUUGCCACCUUUAAAAGUUGUUGGGUUGGGUUUGGGGAUGCCCCCCCCCCCCUUUUUUUGUGUGUGUGUUUCUGGUUUUCCCCUUUCCUUGGCAAAAGUUGGUGGUUGGAGCCCCCCAAAUGGUAACCCCCCGGGAGAUAAGUUUUUGGGAUUCAGUGAAUUUCCAAAAAAAGGCGACCCGGGGUCCCCCCAGAGGGGAAGGGGGGUUUUUAAGAGAUUUGGGUUUUGGGCCCUUUAUUUUUUUUUUUCCCUUUUACUUUUUCUAAAGGCCCCCCCCCAAGUGGGGGGGGGGCCUUUCGAUUUUCAUUGGGUUGUAUAGCCAGGGGAACGUAAAAGUACUCUUCCCUUUUUUAAUUGGGCCCCCCUUGGGGUCCGCUUUUUAAAACUUGGCCCGCUCCUCUUCCCCAUUUGUCAAACCCUUUUUUUUUCCCUUUUCUCACCCGAUGGCGGGGAAACAACACCUUCAUACAGUAAAAAAGCCAUGCUCUGUUGAGUUGUGUCUUUGGCUGAGCCCUUUUGGGUUUUAAAAACAGUCCCCUGACUAACUUUUUCUCUCCCCCUUUUUGGCCCCCCCCGCCCUUGUUUGGAAUAGGCCUUGGGUUCCUUUCAUCAAGGGCUUUUUCCCCCGGGAAGGCCCCCGGGCAUUUUCACCACAACCCCCGCCUAGAGUUGGGAAAAUGGUCCACUCAGAGAGGGCCUGGAAAAAAAAAAGGGAGAGGGGGGUCCCGAGUGCCAAAAAUUUUUUUGGGGUUUUUAGUUGGUUUGCCAAAGGCCCGCUUUCCCAACCCGGGUCCCCCCCUGACUUGGGGGGGGGCCCUUAUUUCCCCCCCCCCCCCCUUUCCUAUCCACCCUCCCCCCCCGGGGGGCUUUCUUCCCUUUUGGACCCCCUUUUUCCCCCUCCGUUCCCCCUUUUUCCCUUGGCAAGGGUUUUCCCCCCCAGCAACCGCUCCCCGGGGCCCAAAGACGUGGUGUCGAAUUUAAGGCCCGCCCCCCGCAACUCCCCCGAUUCAGAGGGGGUUUUGGGUUAAAUGUUGGGGAAAACAAUUUUUAGUGAAUGCAUUCAGUUGUGCAACGUUAACCCCCCCUACCCUUCUUCCCGGGGUUCCUUUCCCUUCCCCCCCUCCUCUUCUCACCCCUUCCCCCUCUUCCCCCCUCCUUCCCCCUCCCUCCUCCCCCCAAAAAAACCCCUCACCUUUCCCCCUUUCCCCACUUUUCCUAAACCCCUCCUCUCCGUCCCCCUGCUGAAUGGUUUCCUCACUUCGUUCAUGUCCACCCUGCCCCCUGGGCGACUCGGAAACCCCAAACGAAAACAGGAAAGGAAAACCCCCUUUUCUAUAGGGGGGGGAACCCUUAAUAUGGGAAUUGCAAGGGGUGGACCCCCUCUUUCCUUUUUUUUAAUGUCAAAAGGGGCUACAAAAGUUUGGGGCUUAAGGCGGGGAGUCUAUCCAACCAAAGUCCUUGCCCAAAACAGACAGUAGCGGGGAAAAAACGCUAUUGUUUUUUUUCAAAUUCCAAAGUUGGGGUUUCGUCCCGCCUGGGGGAUCUUGGGGUUUUCCAAAAAAAAGGGGGGGCCCCCCCCCCUUUUUUUUUUUUUUCCCCCCCCCCCCCUCUUCUCUCUUCUCCUUUCCCUUUCCCCCCUUCCUUUCUCUCUUUCUCCUCUUUCUCUCUUCCUUUUCUUCUUCUCCCCCUUUUGGGUUUGGGACCCCCUUUUCUUGGAAAGGCGGUAGCCCCUGUGGUUUUUUUCGCAGGGGGGGGGACCGGGGGGGGAGGGGGGAAAAAAAAGGCCCAAAAAUUUCAAAAAAAAGAAGGUUUUUUGGGAGGAGGCAGGCAGGGAAAAAAAACUCUCCCCCGGACUCUCCCCCCGUCGUUUUCUCCCGGGCUACCCCCCCGGCCCCCUGCAGAUUGGACCCGACGCCCCUACUGAAAACCCGGGCCCCCCAAAAUGUUAUUCCCAGCCGCUCGCUCUCUGUCUUCUCCCCUCGCCCCGGGCCCCGGGCUCUUUCUCACUCUCUUUUACCAAAUUUAAUUCAAUUCCUUUUUCCUCCCGCUCCCGGGGGGGGCCCCUUUGUCCUUUUCCCUUUCUCCUUCCCCUCUUUUCUCUCCCCCCUUUCUCCCCUUCUUUUCCCCUCUCUCCCUUUUGUCUUUUCCCCCCCUCCCCCUCUCUCUCUACCACUCCACCCAGCUCCCUUCAUCCUACCCACCCCAGGUCCAUCCGACAGAGAGAGAAAAGAGAGGCCCACUCUUUGUUUAGUUCUUCCAGGUUCGGGCCCAUUGAGCCAACUCUGGGGUUCAUAGUUUAA